CACUUUGCACUUCUUCCCCCUCCUCUUCCUCUCGCUCCCCCACUCUAGGGUUUUAAGGACGCCGUCUCUUCGCUCUCCCUCGCAGAUUUUUCUUCAAAUACCUCACGGAAUUCUUCCUUGCCCUUCUUCAGAACCGCGGAUUUCUCACUCACUGGUGAAAUAUGGCAAUGGAAGUUACACAGGUGCUUCUGAAUGCUCAGGCUAUUGAUGCGUCUGUGAGGAAGCAGGCAGAAGACAGUUUAAGGCAAUUCCAAGAGCAGAACCUUCCCAGUUUCUUGUUAUCUCUUUCGGGUGAACUAGCGAAUGAAGAGAAGCCAGUUGACAGCCGUAAAUUAGCAGGUUUGAUACUGAAGAAUGCCUUGGAUGCUAAGGAACAGCAUAGGAAGUUUGAGCUUGUCCAAAGAUGGUUGUCACUGGAUGGAAAUGCCAAAACCCAGAUAAAGACAUGUUUGUUGAGUACUCUUUCUUCGCCUGUAGUUGAUGCUAGGUCAACAGCGUCCCAAGUUAUUGCAAAAGUUGCAGGCAUUGAGUUGCCUCAUAAGCAAUGGCCUGAGCUGAUUGGUUCACUUUUGUUGAAUGUCCAUCAGCAAUCAACUCAUGUCAAACAAGCCACCUUGGAGACCCUUGGUUAUUUAUGUGAGGAAGUAUCACCGGAUGUGAUAGAUCAAGAUCAAGUGAAUAAGAUAUUGACAGCUGUUGUGCAGGGUAUGAAUGCAUCUGAAGGGAACAAUGAUGUCCGACUUGCUGCCACUCGAUCGCUGUAUAAUGCUUUGGGAUUUGCUCAAGCAAAUUUUAGCAAUGAUAUGGAGCGUGAUUAUAUUAUGAGAGUGGUUUGUGAGGCCACACUAUCUUCUGAAGUGAAGAUAAGACAAGCAGCUUUUGAAUGCUUGGUCUCCAUUGCUUCUACAUACUAUGACAAAUUAGCUCGGUACAUCCAGGAUAUUUUUGGCAUUACCGCAAAGGCUGUUAGGGAAGAUGAAGAACCUGUUGCACUUCAAGCUAUUGAAUUUUGGAGUUCUAUUUGUGAUGAGGAGAUAGACAUCUUGGAAGAAUAUGGGGAUGAUUUUACUGGGGAUUCUGAUAUUCCAUGCUUUUAUUUUAUCAAGCAGGCACUACCUGCUCUUGUGCCCAUGUUGCUUGAGACACUUCUCAAACAAGAAGAGGAUCAGGAUCAAGAUGAAGGGGCUUGGAAUAUUGCCAUGGCUGGGGGUACAUGUCUUGGGCUUGUUGCACGAACUGUUGGAGAUGAUAUUGUUCCACUUGUUAUGCCGUUCAUUGAAGAGAACAUAACCAAGUCUGAUUGGAGGCAGAGGGAGGCAGCUACUUAUGCAUUUGGUUCAAUUCUGGAAGGACCUGCCCCAGAAAAGUUAAUGCCAAUUGUUAAUGUGGCCUUGACAUUUAUGCUGACUGCCUUAACACAAGAUCCAAAUAACCAUGUGAAGGACACUACUGCGUGGACCCUUGGACGGAUAUUUGAAUUCCUUCAUGGUUCAAAUGUGGAUACACCCAUAAUUAAUCAGGCGAACUGCCAACAGAUCAUUACCGUUCUGCUCCAGAGCAUGAAAGAUGUUCCAAACGUGGCAGAGAAAGCCUGUGGUGCUCUCUAUUUUCUUGCUCAAGGAUAUGAAGAGGUUGGCGUAUCAUCUCCUUUAACUCCCUAUUUCCAAGAAAUUGUUCAGUCCCUCUUAACCGUUACUCACAGAGAAGAUGCUGGGGAGUCACGGCUGCGGACUGCAGCAUAUGAAACACUGAAUGAAGUCGUGAGGUGUUCAACUGAGGAGACAGCCUCAAUGGUGCUGCAACUGGUACCUGUCAUCAUGUUGGAGUUGCACAAGACUCUUGAGGGGCAAAAGCUCUCAUCUGAUGAAAGGGAGAGACAAGGUGAAUUGCAGGGCCUGCUUUGUGGAUGUUUACAAGUUCUUAUUCAGAAGCUAGGUUCAUCAGAGCCUACCAAGUAUAUGUUUAUGCAGUAUGCAGAUAAUAUGAUGGGUCUUUUCCUUAGGGUCUUUGCUUGUAGAAAUGCUACUGUUCAUGAGGAGGCAAUGCUGGCCAUUGGCGCUCUUGCAUACGCAGCGGGUCCAGAUUUUGCAAAAUACAUGACUGAGUUCUAUAAAUAUAUAGAAAUGGGACUUCAGAAUUUUGAAGAGUACCAAGUUUGUGCUGUCACUGUUGGUGUUGUAGGAGAUGUAUGCAGGGCAUUGGAAGAUAAGAUUUUACCUUACUGUGAUGGGAUUAUGACUCAGCUGCUUAAGAAUUUGUCUAGUGAUCAACUGCACCGCUCUGUUAAACCCCCUAUUUUCUCAUGCUUUGGUGAUAUAGCACUGGCUAUUGGGGAGAAUUUUGAGAAGUACUUGAUGUAUGCCAUGCCGAUGCUCCAGCGGGCGGCAGAGUUGUCUGCACAUACUGCAGGCGUUGAUGAUGAAAUGACGGAGUAUACCAACUCCUUGAGGAAUGGUAUUUUGGAGGCGUAUUCAGGGAUCUUCCAAGGUUUCAAGAGCUCUCCAAAAACUCAGCUCUUGGUCCCAUAUGCACCUCAUAUACUUCAGUUCUUGGAUAGUAUUUACAUGGGGAAGGACAUGGAUGAGGUCGUGAUGAAAACUGCCAUCGGGGUCCUUGGAGAUCUAGCAGACACCCUGGGAAGCAAUGCUGGCUCUUUGAUUCAGCAAUCUGUCUCAAGCAAAGACUUUUUAAGUGAAUGCUUGUCCUCAGAAGACCAUUUGAUUAAAGAAUCAGCUGAAUGGGCCAAAUUGGCCAUCAGCCGUGUCAUUUCUAUUUGAGGCUUUUGCUGGUUGGGCAUAUUCUUUUCUUAUUCAGAGUCCUUGCAUGCAUUUGGGUGUGUUGAGUCGGGGUCAAGAUUGCAUCUUACAAGUCGUCACUUACAGACAACGGAAGCUGUUCACUCCCAGUUGUCACUAACUCUUGCAUCAUCAUGAAAGCAUUGCUAACUAUUGCAUUAGCAAGGUGAAGUCGGUAUAUGUCAUUUUGUCAUGGUGGAAGCGGGAGGAGGCAUCCAUUAAGUACUGUCAUUUUUACGGCUGGGUCAGUUUGAAUGUAUCUCUGAUUUGAGAUAAAUGGCCAGCGUAGAGGGGAGGGGCUUACCUUUGUGUGGUUCUGGGAUGUUGAAAUGGAUGAAUGAGUACAAUACACAGGGAGUUGUUUCCCUUGUUAUGCCCCGCUUAGACACCCUUGUGCUACUCUCUCUGAACUUCUACUUCUUUUAGCGGUUCUAUUUAAGGACUUUAUCCAUUCAUAUUUUUGUUUAAUUUUUUCUGCAUCAGUCUUAUGAAUUUCAAGGUCGGGUUGUAUUCAUCUCUCUCCACUUCAUAUUGUACACCUUUUUUGAGGACACACCUUCAUACCAUUACCAAUAUACCACCAUUAAGGGCGUCAUUCCUGUA